AUGAUUGCUUUUGGUCGUAAAGCAAAAUUAAUAAUUGAUAAGCAUUAUGAUUCAUGUAGUGAACAAUCUCCAUUAGCUCGUUUAUAUGAUUUAUAUGAUAAUGGUUAUGUUUUAUUAUUAGGUGUAGAACAUGAAAAUAAUACAUCAUUACAUUUAGCAGAAUAUCGUUUUUAUAUAAGAAAUAAUAUUGAGAAAAAUUUUAUAAAUGGUGCAUCGGUUAUAAAUUCUCAAACAAAUAAACCUUAUUGGUUUCAAUGGAAUGAUUAUGAUUAUCAUUCAGAAGAUUUUAAUCAAAUUGGAUAUGCAUUUGAUUCUAUUCAAGGAAAUACGAAUAUAGGAAAAGUUGGACUUGCACAAUGUAGAUUGAUGAAGCAACAUUUAUUAGUCGAUUUUGCUAUUAACUGGAUGAAUCAAAACAGAAUGAAAUAA